UUCCUGCUAAAAAAAUAUAAGAACGAAAUCAGGCAACUGAUCAACCAGUUCCUUCUCAAGAUGUUCAAAAGUGUGAGCUUUCUUCUGCUGAUUCUUGCGCUUGGUAGUCUGGAUGCUAAGAUAACUUUGCCUCCAGAGCUUCAAGAAUAUGUGGACGAUUUACAUAAGCUGUGCCUGGAAAAGGGUGGACUGACCGAAAAUGACCAUCAAACCUAUAACAUUAACGACAAAAACGAAAAAAUGAUGUGCUACAUGAAGUGUCUGAUGUUGGAGUCAAAAUGGAUGAAGUCUGGAGGCGAAAUCGAUUACGAUUUUAUCGAAACCCAAGCCUAUCCGGAGGUUAGAGAUCUGCUGCUAAGUGCUUUGAACAAAUGCAGAACCAUCGAAGAAGGUGCAGAUUUAUGCGAGAAAUCCUACAACUUCAAUAAAUGCAUGUAUGAAGCCGACCCAGUGAAUUGGUUCUUCGUGUAAAGGGGAGGAUUGCAGAUGCGCUUCAAUAAUCGACCUUUGGCAAGACAUAAGGAGUUUUCUUAGGAUUAAGCAAUAAAGCACCAGAGCAUCCUUAUAAGA